CUGUCCCUUCCAUCGCCCAGGCCAUUAACAGCUUCACGGUUCAUAUCAUAUUGUUAAAAUAUAUUUGGCAGGUUUCUAAUGGCUUUGCAGGUUUGGGCAGACGUUGGACCUACACAAGAUGAAGUCAACAAACUUAAGUUUUCUAAAGAAUUGAGUGAAUAUACCUUGCGGUUAGAGCCACUAGGUGAUGAGAUCAUCAAGUACUUUGCGGAGCGAAUGAUAUCAGUAGACACUCUGCAGAAAAAUGCAGUUAUGCAAAUGGUAGAUGAUAAGCAAGAGAAUGUGAUAGCUUUUACAUAUAGAAGAAAAGGGGAGGUUGUCAAUUGUAAGUUCCGCAGUAUAACAAGCAAAAAUUAUUGGAAGACGAAGAAUGGGGAAAGGAUAUUCUAUGGACUUGAUGACAUACAGGAAGGAAAUGACAUUGUUAUAGUUGAAGGGGAAUUCGAUAAGCUAUCAAUGGAAGAGGCUGGAAUAUUGAAUUGUGUCAGUGUUCCUGAUGGCGCACCCCAACAUGUAUCAACAAAAGCAUCUAAAAAACAGAACACCACAUUUAAGUUUCUAUCGGACUGCAACGAUUAUCUAAAUAAGGCACCUCGAAUUAUAUUGGCAACAGAUGGCGAUGGACCUGGCCAAGCCUUAGCAGAAGAACUUUCACGUCGCCUUGGAAAAGAAAGAUGUUGGCUUGUAACCUGGCCUAAGAAAGACGACAAUAGUUGUUACAAGGAUGCAAAUGAGGUUCUCGUGCAUUUGGGUGUUGAAAAAUUGAAACAAAUCGUUGAAACUGCCGAGUUAUAUCAAGCGAAGAACUCACUUUGAAUUAUAUGCAAC